AUGAAUUCAACUAGUCAAAAUCAUGCUCCAACUGCAAGUAGUCAAGAUGUGGGAGGUUCGGGUUCUAAUCAACAAAAUACUGAUUCUGUGGAUCAACAAGAUGGAACAAAUAUUAAUGAUACAGUUUUUGAUGAAGAUGGAGAUGAAGUUGUUGUUAAAGCAAGAUGUAAACAUUGCUCUAAAGUGUUAGGUGCAGAUAGCAAGAAUGGCACAAAACAUUUACUUGCACAUUAUCAGCGUUGUUUACACAAACCUUAUCCAGAUAUUCGUCAAUCUAUCUUGGUGCAAGAAAAAAAGAAAUUAGAUGGUACUACAACGCAUGUUUCAAAUUAUACAUUUAAUGCUGAUACUUCUAGGAAGGAUUUGGCUGAAAUGAUUAUUGUGCAUGAGUAUCCGCUUUCAAUUGUAGAGCAUCAUGGAUUUAGGAAGUUUGUGGGAGGUCUUCAACCUUUGUUUAAGGUUCCUUGUCGAAACACCAUCAAGGACGACAUCAAAAGAAUUUAUGAUUACGAAAGGGAUAAAACUAUGAGUUUGUUAGCAAAGACCAAAAGCAGAAUUGCAGUUACUACUAAUAUGUGGACAUCUAAUCAUCAAAAAAAAGGAUUUAUGGCAAUGACAGCACAUUUUGUAGAUCAAAACUGGAACUUGCAAAGCAGAAUUAUGAGGAAAGUGUCAACUCUUACUGUGGAUAAUUGCACCACAAAUGAUGCAAUUAUCAGGAUAUUAUUAGAGAAACUUCCUCUAAAAUCACUAAUGAUGAAUGGUGAUUUGUUUCAUAUGCGUUGCUGCGCACAUAUUCUCAAUCUUAUUGUCCAAGAUGGCUUAUCUCUCAUUAAAUUUGAGAUUGAGAGAAUCAGAGAGAGUGUUGCAUUUUGGUCUGCAUCACCAAAGAGGGAGCAAAAUUUUGUGACAGCAGCAGAACAGUUGGGAAUACCAUACUCAAAGAAGUUGAUACUUAACUACAAGACACGGUGGAACUCUACAUUCUUGAUGUUGAGUGUUGCUAUAAGCUACAAAGAGGUUUUCGAUCGGAUUGGGUAUUCUUUGCGUGAGUGGACGAAAUCUCCUAUUGAGGAGAUUAAGAUGAUGGCUGACCAAAUGGUUUCUAAGUUCAAUAAGUAUUGGUCUGUAAUUCAUGGGGUAAUGGGAAUGGCAGCGGUUUUAGAUCCAUGA